UGCGCUUUGCCUGUGGACAUCGGUUGCAUAGCUGCAGACCCUGUUACCACUCACUGCAGCCACUCCUGCAAAGUCCUCGAAUAUGACUUCUUCACCGCAAAGGUGGAUGUAUUAUGGCAUUCCCUCUUUGACAGAUGGCUUUGUCCUUCAAUUCUGCUGUGAUGCAUGCGGCAUAAAGCACAAUGCGCUGGCGCCGGGUGGCUCGACCCGCAGGUGAACUAGAACGACCCGACUUCGCAGGAGGCAACUCAUGGAUUGUGCCUCCACAUCCUCGGCAUCAUGACAACCGCCCGUUCAAUGACGCGUGGUCGGCUGAACGAAACGACAGGGGUGCUUUUGGUAGGACUUAUCAAAACUUGCAAUUCAUGCUCAAAUGGCUAUUAUUUGAGGCCGAUCCAACCAAGGAUGCAGAAUGGGGCCCUGUCAGGGUACUGGGCUCUGGCUCUUAUGGACGGGUUGGACUGUGGCAGAAGCGCGAUGAGAACAACAAUGCCGUUGAUGAACUCGCCCUGAAAGAGGAUGUAAAACCAAGGACCAGGUUCGAACCCGACGAGCAGAUAUAUCCUCGACUACUCAGAGAAGCUGUGGUUCAAAGCGAGCUCAAUGGCAAUGACGAAAGAGCGGCACCGCACUUGCGGCGGUACAAAUUCAUCUCGGGGGACGUUGCGCAUACGUCAGGGAAGUACAGGUUCUACUUGGAGUUCUGCCCGCAUGACUCUCUCGACCGCCUGUGGCGGCUGUACCGCGCUUGGGACACGCACCUCCCCGAGGUGUUCGUCUGGCACGUCUUUCAUCGCCUGGCAAUCUCCUGUCAGGCGCUCCACGAUUCUCCGGCGGUCGACAGCUUGGCAUGGUCAAGAGCAGUUGACCCAGAAGACAGGAAGUAUGGGUACUGCCUCCACUUUGACAUCAAGCCAUCCAACGUUCUUCUGGAUUUCGCUCCGGAGAACCCUGACGAGCACGACUUCCCUCAAGGCAAAUUAUCCGAUUACGGGUUGUCAUUGUAUUCUUCCUAUGAAGACCCAACUAACCCGAAGGACCACUGGUGGCGGCGGACCACUUCAUACGCACCCCCGGAACAAACAUCGUAUGGUGUCCAUUGGACAUGGAACCCAACAGGGGGUUGGAUAAGAGCUUUUGAUGACGACAACCGUCGGACCGACUAUUUCCACGCCAAAUACUGGCAAAAAAAGGUUGAUAACCGCAGUGGAACAAAAGAUGACGUCCAUUUCCACCAUGCAACAAAUGUUUACGGCGUCGGAGCGACAAUGUAUAGUGUGAUCACCCUCCGGGGCGACAGUCACCUCGUCUUAGUCCGCGCAAAAUCCCACCAACAAUACGUACGCAAGGGCAACCACCAGGUCUCCGCCGUCCGCACCAAGAAACCCGGCGUCUACAGCAGCCGCCUCCGCCAGCUCGUGCACCGAUGUAUCGAUCCCAACCCGGACGCACGUCCCACGCAGCUCGAACUCCUCGACGCCACCCGUCGUGGUCUGCGCCUCGCCGAGCGCCGCCUGCGCAGAGCCCGUCGUGAAGCAAGAGCCGCGGCGGACCCCGAAAACGCUCCUCCUCCUCAGGACGCAGCCGCCGCCGCCGCCGACCAGAACGACGUUCCCGAGCACUCCGAGAAACUGUACUUCCAAGGCCACGAGAUCAACGACAUGCCCCUUGGGGACGCGGGCUUCCGCCCGAAACACAGCGAAGUCGAUAAACUCGUGACCGAUGAUUUCCUCAACCACGAUGUGCGUAGCCUCAAAUUGCCCGCGGCCAAGUAUGGACACUUUCCGAAAAGCCUGUUCCAGCCUGUAGGGAACUGGAAGCGGCUAUAUGACCACUCGGCGAGUGGGCGCUUGUGGUGCAACGAUCCCCUUCCACAGGCGCCGCCACAGGCGCAGCCGCAGCCGCAGGCCAACGCAAACGCAAACGCGAACCAGAACUAGAAUCGGCAAGCGAAUCUACCAACCGCAAAUCUACCUCUCCAGCACAGGCUAACCCUCCCCCGCCCGCAAACCAGCCUCGCGUGGACCUAGGAGCCAGCCACGCCGAAUCUGCUUGCCGGUGUCGGGCAGCAUCAAGUUACUAGUAGUGAUCUAGAUCGCUAGAAGGAGGAUGGCAACUUAUCGACCCCAAAUGCGAGGGCAGGCAUUGCGUCGGGCUGAUCGCAGUGGCUCCUCUAUCUACUGCGAAGGAUGUCGAAACACCGCAUAUGCCUAUGCAGGCCAAGCAUAUCCAAGACUGCGAUUGGAUUCUGCGUGAGGUAGUAUUGAUGGACUAUUUCUCGGAUUGUGUUCUUGUGUUUUGUACAAUUUCUUCUUCAGAUAAAAAUUUUGAUUCAGU